AUGUCAACCGAGACGACGUACCACUCGCUGGAGGAAGGCAUGGUGGAGUACUGCACCACCGAGACGCCGGUGACCGUGACCGCAGAGGCUCCGCUGGAGAUGCUGGCGGCGCAGGCCGAGUGCAAACCGCAGGAACUGAAGAGCCGCAUCACGCUCAACUCUGCCAAACUGCUGCAGGAGCACCGCGUCACCAACCUGCACGUGCGCGAGAUCGCCCAGCACCUGGAGAACCAGAGCGACCUGCUGCAGAUGAUCCGCCGCUCGCAGGAGGCCCAGGCCUGCGCUCAGGAGAGACAAGCCCAGGCUCUGGAGGGAACGCAGGCCGCCCUGCUCGCCCUCAUCCAGAUGUUCAGACCCGCUCUGAAGGACUUGAGGAAGUUUCUGCAGAACGCCAACAGCCCACACACUGCGCCGCCGGCUGCCGCAGAGACUGGAGAAGGAGCGGAAAAAAACGUGCGGCCGCAGACAGAAGACGCACAAUAGAGACCAGUGUGUGUGUGACGUCUGGUCUAGAAUAGACUGUCAAUUAUUGUACAGCACGGUGCCUCAAAGAGUUGUGUGUGUGAAUGGGAUUCAGGGAUGCUGUGACUUUUAUGAGCGUUUUAAAGAAGAUUUGUUUUUUGCUUUUGACAAUUAAAGUCGCUUCCAUUUGGUUGCUUAAAAGUCAAGUUGCAAACACAUUUAAUUUCAUUUCUGGUGUGCAAUUGACCCUAAAACAAACAUGCAAAACCCAAAUCUGGAUCAGAGACCUACAGAAAACUCAAUUUUAUGAGGAAAUCCAGCGGACGGAAGACUUUGUGGAGGCUUUUGUUUCUUUAGCUUUUGAGAAUUUGCCAUUUUUAUUUAAGUGUGCUGAAUAAAGAAACUCUCCA